CCUUAGGUUAAUCCUAGAGGUAUUUAUAGGAUGCUUAAAUAUAGUUAUUCUAGGAAUACAAUUUUAUUUGAUUGGUGUUUGAGAUAUUCUUAUUCUAGUGGGAUUUAUCCUAUUCUACUUUUGAUAGGAUUAUCUCUAGAAUGCCUCCACGUGUCCUAAUUAUCAUAGGACUUGUUUUAGGAUGGGGUUUUCUUUUGAGUUUCCCGAUUCUUCCUUUCCUUUUUGUUUGACUUCCUUUUGAUUUCUUUUUGUUUUCUCUUGAUUCUUCCUUUUCUUCUUUGUUUUCUUAUGUUUGGGGAAAAUUUCUUUGAUCUUGUGGCUUGAUCUUGGCUGGUUAUCUUGUGAUGGCCGUUAAUCUCUCUGCUUCCGGUUCUAUUCUGGCUUCUGCUAUCGGCUUUGUUCUGAUCAUUGCUUCUGGUUCUGUUUUGGUCAUUGCCUCUGGCUUUGAUCCGGUCACGGCUUCUGGCUCUGUUCUGGUCAUUGCCUCUGGCUCUGUUCCGAUCUCUGCUUCCGGCUUUGUUCCGUCCUUUGCUUUCGACUCUGUUCCGGUCUCUGCCUCUGGUGGCUCUUCCAUUGAUGACGUGGGUGUCCUUCCCUCUUCUUCUAAGCCGGAGUUCUUUGAUAUUUUCUGCCUUCCCCUUAAUGCGAAUGGGAAGUUUGUUGUGAAGGGUGCUUUACGCCAUGUGGAGAGAGAUCCUGUGGUUCCUUCCAUUCCCACAAAGGUUCCUUUGGUUUUGUCUUCAAAGGGUGGAAAGGUUGUUCUUCCUCUAGGGUCGACAAAGGUGUUAUGUGAUCUUGAUAAAGUGUCUUGGGUUACUAGUAGUUGUGAUGUGAAUGAGAUUAGGGAGAUUUAUAGAAAGAACUUGAUAGAUCCGCAGGUUGCGUUUUCCUUUGCAUCCUUUUUUCUUGAGAUUUGUGAUGAAUUCUCCAUUGGCCUUCCCCAAUUGGCCCCUCGUGCUAUUGCUUAUAUUGUUGCUUUUAUUGUGAGAUGUUUCCUUCUCAAGAUUACACCUACCCAUGAGCUUUUUUGUUUCUUUUUUCAAUUAAAAACUGCUGAUCCCACUGGUAGUUGGUAUUAUUUUUCUCAUAGAGUAUUAGAGUUUCAAGGUGUGGAUGAUAAAAAACGUCGCCGGGGUAAUACUGUUUUUGUGGACCCCUUGCCUGGUUAUGAUUCCAAUAAUUGGCAUAAGAGGUUUUUCUUUCUGAGUGCCCCCAAGGAUGUUGAUUUUCCUUUUCUCUGGCGGGUCCCUCGUACUACUAUUGUUGAGGUUUUGCUUUCAGUAGAUGAUUAUAAGGUUGUCCAUAAGUUUGUUACCGAACCAUCUGUGAGUAUUGCAGAGUUGAUUGUUCGUGAAAAUUUGAUUGAGGCAGGUGUCUGGGCUCUUGGUUCCUGUGACUCUUACUCUGCUUUUCCUGUUCCUUUUGUUCCUUCUGGUUUUGAGGCCUUUCCGAAGCCUGAACGUUCUUUAAAACGAAAGUCUGGUGAAAGCAGUCCUAGCUUUUUUCUUGGUUCUGCUGGUGGCAUAAAUACCUUAGCUAUUUUGAGUCAUUCUGCCAAGAUUGAAAAACUUGAGAGGGUUGAUAAAGCUGUGAAGACCGAGAAAGUGUUAGCUAAGAAAGUUGAGAAGGCUGCUGGUAAGUCUAAGGGGGCUGUUUCUCAAGGGGCGCCUUUAGCUGUGAGGAGGUCUAAGAGAUUAAAAAGUGCUUCUUUUAAAGCAGCUUCCGUUGGUGGUUCUGAUAAGCGUGUGGCGGAAGGUGGUGUUAUUGAGGUUGAUGAGGAGGUUCAUGUUUCCUUUGUUUUUCCUGAUGAUGAGUUGCAACAGUUCUCUUCAAAGGGGAGGCUCUUGAUUUCUUCUUUUAUGGAUUUUAUUGUUGGGAAGAGUUUUUCUAAACCUCUGACGAGGUUGCCUUUGAAAGAUGUUGUCUGUCCCAGUUAUGAUGUUUGCUUAAAGGGUUUUUCCAUUAUUGGGCAUAGUUCCAUUGCUCGUGAAUCUUCUAAAUACAUGCUGUUGGUUGGUGACAAAAAAUUGCUUUCAAAUUUUCCUUUGGAGGCCCUUCAUGACAUGGCCGUUCAUCAUUCUGCCAGUGUUUGUGCUAUACUACAGCAUAUGAAGGAAAUUCUCCUAGAUAAGGAAGAUUCCUCCUAUCGUGCUGCUGCUGAUUUGUCUGAAAUGCGGGAGAGGAGUAAAGAUCUUUUGAACUUGUGCUGCCAGCUUCAUUCUGAGAAAACAGCAUUGGGAGCUAAUUCUAUCGAGUUGGGUGAUCUUUCUUCUGCGAAUUCUGCUUUGGAGAGGUCUGUCUCGAAUCUGAAGGUGCAACUUUCCUCCUUACAAGCUUCGUCUUCUUCCAUCGUUCAGUCUUUUAAGGAGUCUCCAGAAGGUAGAGCCUUCGCUCUUUCUGACAGUUUGGGUUAUUUUAAUCUUGCUGUCAAGCUUAUCAAGAUGUUGCUUCCUCGUUGUGGGCUGAUUGUGUCUGACUGUCUUGUUGAGUUUGAGGAUAUGGACGUUGCUGCCUUGAUUCAUGCUAAUCCGGAUUUAAAGAGAACUUAUGAUCGAGGUCCUAGUGCUGUUUUUCUGGAUGAUUCUCCUAGGCAGGUGUCUAAAGGUACUGGUAGCUCUUGGGAUGUGGGAGAUUCUGCCACAGUUGUGUGUAGCAAGGGUAGCUCUGUUGAUGCGGAGGUUUCAUAGGGUGCCUCCCCUUCUCUGCCUAUGUAGUGAGCCCGAGAGCUGUGGAUAUUAUACCUUUCUUUUUGUUUGUGGACUUGGUUUUCGUCUUGUCUUGCUUUGUGCUUUUUAUCAAGACUAUAUAUAUGGAAAAUAUGUUUUCUUAUUUUUUGAGAUUUGUCUUAUCCUUUGUGGUGCAUCUUGCGUGGCUUUUAUUUGGGUAUUUACGUAUAGCCAAGUUUGCGUAACUUUUGCUUGAUAUUUAUGUACAUCCAAACUUGCUCGCAGCUUUAUUUUCGCUUGUGUAACUUUUGCUUGGAUAUUUAUGUACAUCCAAACUUGCUCGCAGCUUUAUUUUCGCUUGUGUAACUUUUGCUUGGAUAUUUAUGUACAUCCAAACUUGCUCGUAGCUUUAUUGUUUGUCUGUGUAACUUCUGCUUGGGUAUUUAAUGUAUACCCAAACUUACUCACAGCUUCUUUUUCGCUUGCGUAACUUUUGUUUGGAUAUUUAUGUACAUCCAAACUUGUUCGCAGCUUUAUUGUUUGUCUGUGUAACUUCUGCUUGGGUAUUUAAUGUACACCCAAACUUGCUCAUAGCUUCUUUUUCGCUUGCGUAACUUUUGCUUGGAUGUUUAUGUACAUCCAAACUUGCCCGCAGCUUUAUUGUUUGUCUGUGUAACUUCUGCUUGGGUAUUUAAUAUACAUCCAAACUUGCU